AUGUCUCGAAAUAUUGGCUCUAACAGGAAAUCCGGGCAGCGGUCCUUCCAGCUGCCGACGUUGCCUCCAUGGCAGACACCAAAAUUCAAGGUAGCCAACAAUGCCACGCCAUUGAAAAGACCAGUUAGAAGCAUACGAUCUCCAGGAAUUAGGAUCUCUCAUGGGAAUACCAUCCAUGUACCUAAGCGUAACAUUGGAAGAGUCUCAAAGAAACCCUCAAUAAAUAUACAGGAGUAUGACUAUUCCCCGUUCUUUAACAGAAAGGCAAUUAGAGAGAGUCAGAUCAAAAGUUUACUUGAGUGUGAGCGAGCUGCCCACUGUUUAGUUUUUCAUAAGGACUGUCAUAUUAAUAUCGAUGAGUUUAGGCCAGAUGUAGACAUAUACUGUGGUGAAUUUGAUGACUACUCCAUCGAGAACCUUGAUCCACCGCAUCAGGAAAGUACAAUUGACUCGGCUCUUAACGAACGGCAGAGAGGUGUUCUUCAGCAUACAUUACCCAACUAUACUGGAAAUAGUAUUGUUAACAAACUGAGAAAUGGGGGUUCUGCUCUUGGAAUUCAGGAUCCGUCAAGAAAUACUGAGCUCAUAGAGCUAAGUAAAUUCUGGAGUCAGGAUUCUUUGGCAUACUCUUUGAGAACCGAGGACGCACAUAACCUUUUCCAAAUUCUGAGACUAGAGAAGGAUUAUAUUAGACUUUCGCGAGAAGAAUUAAAUCAAAGUCCAAAGAAUGCUGGACAUAUUUUGGAUGAUGAUGUUACUAAACACACACAACAGAUUAGGCAUAUACUGAGAAUGGAUAUAUAG